AUGGCCAUUUCCUCACCAAGCAUAGAAAGCACACCUCAGUCCUGGGCUGCCAAGCGGAGUUCAGCGCCAUCCGAGAGCAACGCCGGCUGCCCGGCCCUUAAUCUGCUCGUCGGGAUGACGUUACCCUUGUUCCAUGGCCGGAAUGGCUACCUGGAGCCCACGGUGGUGUCCGGCUUCGAGGCUGGAGGAGGAGGAGGAGGCGGCGGCGGCGGCGAAGGGGUCGAGCGGCCCCGCUUGAGGCUCUUCCGCCUGCGGGGCUUCGGGCGGUUCCUGCAGCGCAACUGCCUGGUGAUCCUGACCGUGUCGGGGGUGCUGGCCGGCGUGGUCCUGGGCGCCCUGGUGAGGCGCCUGCACCUCACGCCGGCUCAAGUCACCUACCUGGCCUUCCCGGGGGAGAUGCUGCUCCGGAUGCUCAAGAUGAUCAUCCUGCCGCUGGUGGUGUGCAGCCUGGUCUCCGGCGCGGCCAGCCUGGACACCCGGUCGCUGGGCAAGCUGGGCGGCAUCGCCCUCGCCUAUUUCUUGGUCACCACCUUGAUCGCCGCGGCCCUGGCGAUCGCCUUGAGCUUCAUCAUCAACCCCGGGGUGGGCGCCGGGGCCCUCAACAAGAACGACUUGGGUUUUGGGGGCGAGGUGCCCACCAAUAAAGAGACCGUGGACUCUUUCCUGGACCUCCUCAGGAAUUUAUUUCCAUCAAACCUCAUUGCUGCAGCAUUUCGAUCGUAUGCCACUGACUAUAAAGCAAUAGUAAGAAAUGCAACUAUUGGAAAUGUUACCAUUGAGAAGUAUGUCACGGAUUAUAAGGCGACAAUAAAUGCUGACCUUGGAAAUGCUACUGUUGAAAAGUUCCCUGUUGGCACUGAAACUGAAGGAAUGAAUAUCCUGGGGCUAGUUCUCUUUGCUCUGGUUUUGGGAGUAGCAUUGAAAAAACUUGGUCCUGAAGGGGAAGAACUGAUCCGCUUCUUUAAUUCUUUCAAUGAGGCAACCAUGGUCUUGGUGUCUUGGAUUAUGUGGUACAUACCUCUUGGCAUUAUGUUUCUUGUUGGAAGCAAGAUCGUGGAAAUGGAUGACAUUAUCCUGCUGGUGACAAGCCUUGGGAAAUACAUCUUUGCUUCAAUUCUGGGUCAUAUUAUUCAUGGAGGGAUCAUUUUACCACUUAUCUAUUUUGCAGUCACACGCAAAAACCCUUUCACUUUUCUAUUAGGACUCAUAACUCCACUGACAACAGCCUUUGCUACUUGCUCCAGUUCUGCAACUCUUCCAUCAAUGAUCAAAUGCAUUGAAGAUAACAAUGGAGUGGACAAACGAAUUAGCAGGUUUAUUCUGCCUAUUGGAGCUACUGUAAAUAUGGACGGAGCUGCUAUUUUCCAGUGUAUAGCUGCAGUCUUUAUUGCUCAGCUUAACAACUAUAAACUCAAUAUUGGGCAGAUCUUUACCAUUCUUGUGACUGCAACUGCAUCUAGUGUGGGAGCUGCUGGAAUCCCAGCUGGAGGGGUUCUAACCAUAGCUAUUAUCUUGGAGGCCAUUGGACUUCCCACCAAUGAUAUUUCCCUCAUAUUGGCAGUGGACUGGAUUGUGGACCGGACCACCACAGUUGUGAAUGUAGAAGGGGAUGCCUUUGGAGCUGGUAUCCUUCAUUAUCUGAAUGAAAAAGCCACAAAGGAGAAAGAGGCUGAACUCAGUGAAGUCCAUGUAGAAGCUGUUCCAAACACCAAGGCUGAGGGUGAAACGUCACCACUGGUCACGCACAAGAGCCAAGCUGUCACCACUCCAUCACCUAGCACUCAAGAGCUGGAAUCAAAAGAGUCAGUCCUAUGAAGGAGAAAAAGAGGGGGACAUUCUGCUGACAUGUUGCAUUUUGAAGGUUGCUUCUUUGACUCUGAAUGGACUAUGUAGCCAUGUAGGGUCAAGCAGGUAUAUCCCUUUUCCACUCUGGUAGUGCAGAACAGAGUGGUAGCCAGCCACAGACUACUAGGUAUGUGCAAGAAUGUGUGUGUGUGUGUGUGUGUGUGUGUGUGUGUGUGUGUGUGUGUGUUUGUGU